AUGUUAAAUCGCCUUAUAGUAUGGAUCAAACGUGACCCUCAAUGGUUUACAAAGUUUGCAAAAAAGGGUGACCUUUUCAAGCAGUUUGAAGUGCUUUUAGCAGAUAAUCGCUGGGAAAUUCAACAUCAGUGCAUCAAAUUUUUGCAUGAUGCCAUGCCAACAUUUGGAAAUAUUCGUAAUGCUUGUCAUCCCUUAUUUGGCUCUAUUUUUCAGAAAGUAAUCGUAGGCUUUUUACUCAACGAUAAAAUUGAAGAUGCAAUAAUCGAGGAGGCUUUACGUGAGAUUCCAAAUCUUCUAAUACCAGAAUUCACAAAUCAGAGCUGGAAAACCCUCAUUGACGGCUUGACUAAAAUAAUGAUUCUGAAUCCCUCAGCAAAAAGACAAGAAUCUGUUGCUUGUCUUCUAGCCCAUUUCAAUGGUUCAUAUUACUAUAAAGUUUUAUUGAAUGCUAAGCAUUUCAAUUUUGUAGAUACUUUUCCAGAGGAUACUAAAAGUGGACCAUGUAUGGAUGUAGAACUGCGAUAUCGGUUCGGUAUCAUUCCCGUAACAACUAGUAAUCAGCUUAACAGUGAAAGUGACCCUUUACUGAGAUUAUCCGCUUUAGAGCAGGUGAAAAAAAUUAUAAAUGAGAUCACAUUUGAGGACAAGCGCAAAUUUGCUACUCAUUUGCAUUCUUAUUUUUUAACUUUGGGCAAUAUUUUGGAUGAUUUAAAUUUUAAAGUAAUUUCUGUAUGUCUCGAUGUUCUUCAAUUAACGCUGGAGAAAAUUGGAUCAUAUAUAUCACCAUAUACUCAGCAAAUUGUUGGCUUAGUAUCUAAACAUUUUGGAAGUCAAAAACUGUCACUUAAGCAGAAAAUUAUGAUAAUUUGUAUGAUUACAAUGCAAUAUAGUUCAUCAAAAAACGUCAUUUCACACUUAUGCGUCUAUUCAGAGCAUCGAAGUUCACGGAUUCGAGAAGAGAUUCUAAAUAUUAUUACUGCUUCAUUACUUAAAUUUGAUUCAAGUUCCAUCAAUUUAAAAGCGAUUGGUGAUGUUGUUGUACCAUUAACCGUUGAUCCAAAACGACGUGUUAGAUUAGCAGCCUUUGAGCUCUUUGCUGUUGUUGUUCAUUGUUCCAAUGAUUCUGUAAAAGAAUUACUGAAGUCCGUAACUGAUUUGGAGCAAAAAUAUGGAAAUUAUGGACUUUUGAGUGCCAUAAAAGUAAGGAUAUCACGCAAGACACUUCCUAAAAUUCGUCGUGAUGGUUUGAUUGAAUAUGCCACCCCUCUUGAUUCCGAUGUUUCAAUCAAUAAACUACGAUAUAGCACAGAAAAUCUUGAUUACCAGUGGAUCAUGAGUGGAAGUAGUGAAUCAAGCAAUAUGUUUUCCAGGUUAUUCAAGCCGCUUAAUUUCAAAUUUAAUUUGAUACUGCCUACGGCUUCAGUAAUCAAAUUUCCAUCCUCAAACUUGGAAGAAUCAUCGAUUAAAAAUUCUGAAGAGCAAGUGAAAUCACUAAACGGUUCUUCCAUUAAAUUAAAUGAAGUAAAUUUGACUUUCUAUCUUAUACAAUUAAUUUGAUU